UGUAUAUUGAUGUGGGUACUUUUAUACUUUGUUAAAUAAUAAAGUGUACUAAUGUAGGUAGAACAUGUUCCAACAUGACAUAAACUGAUUCAAGCUACACAGCACGUUUUAUUGCACAAUAUCAUAUAAUUAGAACAUAUUAGUGGCGACGAAGUGUAAAAAGUAAUAAAAUGGACGUAAAAGCAGUGAAAUUCGAUGAGUUUAAUCCGCAAACAGACAAUUGGGACAUUUAUUUUGACCGUUUAAAAUUUUGUUUCGAGGCUAAUGGCGUCAUAACAGACUCGUCUAAAAGAGCUAACUUCUUCACAGUGUGUGGUUCGCGGGUGUUUGAAACUUUAUUGGCAUUAAUCACACCCAGAAAAGCUAGCGAAGUGACAUUCAAUGAAAUAGAAAUUGUUUUGACUAAACACUACAGUCCAAGACCAAAUGAAAUAUCAGUGUCGUUCCAGUUUUAUAAACGUGAUCAAAAACAUGAUGAAUCUGCGGCAGACUAUAUAGCUCAAUUAAGAAAACUUAGCUCUGGCUGCAAUUUCGUUGACUUAGAGCGAAUGCUUCGCGACCGGCUCGUAUGUGGUAUGCGUGACGGACGGUUACAGUAUGAACUUUUAAAACGAGAUAAGUUACGUUAUCAAGAUGUAGUGGAUGCUAUGCUAUCAUCAGAAAGUGCGGGACGGGAUGUCCGCAUGAUUCAAGUAUCUGCCAGCGUGACCGCAGAUACUACUGUCGCGCCUGUCCUCUCUCGAACGACUUACACUACAUCACCGUCGGGUUCAGAGCCGAUGGAUAUUAAUGCAGUUCAGUCAAGAGCGUCCAUUCGUUUUUGUUAUCGUUGUGGCGACCGUCAUAAUGGAGAGUGUCGAUUUUUAAAUGCUAUUUGUCGAUACUGUAAGAAAAAAGGGCACCUGGAGAAAAUUUGUAUUAGUAAAAAGAAGAAUAAACAUAAUAAUGUAAAUUUUACGGAAGAAACAAAUGAUUGUUUAAAUGGAAUCUAUUGUAUAUCAAAUAUGGGUCGCACACCGCCAUUGGAAGUGAUGCCAUUCCUUGCUGAAAUUCCAGUUUGUAUGCAAGUGGAUACAGGAGCAAGUUAUUCUAUAGUAAAUGAGCAAACAUGGCAUACAAUACAUAAACAGAUGCCACAAAAUGCACUACAGCCUACUUCACUAAUCCUACGCACAUGGACAGAGACUCCAGUCCAACUACUUGGCCAAGUUACACUACCAGUGCGUUAUAGAAACAUCGCAAAAAACUUGUGUGUGAUUGUAGCCAAAGGUAAAGGACCGAACCUACUCGGUCGAGAUUGGCUCGCUCCUCUGAACUUGACUAUGAAUAUCAAUUUUGUGUCAAAUACUGAACAAAAUGGAAUAGACACGAUAUUAUCUAAACAUAAAGAAGUUUUCAAAGAUGGACUCGGUACCUACCGCGGACAACCAGUUACUAUACACAUAAAGCCAGGGGCAACUCCAAAGUUCCUUAAGGCUCGUCAAGUACCAUUUGCUUUAAAACAAAGAAUAGAAAUGGAGAUUGAUAGAUUAGAAAAUGAAGGAGUAUUACGCCAAACAUCCUUUUCUGAAUGGGCUACACCAGUAGUGCCAAUAAUAAAAAAGUCAGGAGAAAUAAGAUUGUGUGGAGAUUACCGCAGUACUGUUAAUGAAGCCACCGAGUCAGAUACCUAUCCUAUGCCCACAGCAAAUGAAGUCUUUGCUGCGGUCGCGGGUGGAAAAUAUUUUACAACUUUAGAUUUGGAUAGAGCAUACACACAAGUUACCGUAGACGAUGAAACAUCUAAACUCUUAACUUUGAAUACCUGCAAGGGUCUGUAUACCGUACAUCGCCUCGCUUUCGGAGUUAAGGCAUGUCCUGGAAUUUUUCAACGAUUAAUGACAUCUUUGUUGGGUGGCAUCGCCGGUGUUGCAGUUCUAAUUGAUGACAUAAUCGUCUGUGGCCAUACUUUGCUGGAAAUGCAAGAAAGACUUGAUAAGGUACUUGGGCGAAUCGAACGUGCAGGACUUCGAUUGAAUAAAAAUAAAUGCAGGUUCGCUCAAGAAAGAGUUGAGUUUCUAGGUUUUGUUAUAGAUGCUAAGGGUAUCCAUCCAGCACCAAGCAAAGUAGAAUCCAUUACUAACACCCCUAAACCUAAAAACAAACGAGAAUUACAAGCUUUUCUCGGUCUCUAUAAUUUUUAUGAGAGGUUCAUACCUCAUAAAGCGACGCUACUAGAGCCAUUGCAUCGUUUAUUAGACACACGUCAGGAGUGGAAAUGGACAGAACAAGAACAAAACGCGUUUGACACGGCUAAGCGAUUAUUGACUUUUGAUUUAACACUAGUGCACUAUGAUAUAACUAAACCUAUAAUACUUACUUGUGAUAGUUCAGAAUAUGGCGUUGGAGCAGUAUUGUCACAUGUAAAGGAUAAUGACGAAUUUCCUAUAGCAAUGGCAUCCAGAACUUUACAUCCUCAUGAGCGGCGUUAUUCACAGCUGGAUAAAGAAGCUACUUCAAUUAUGUUUGGGAUAACCAAAUUUCAAAAUUACCUCACAGGAAGAAAUUUCUCUAUAAUAACUGAUCAUAAACCAUUGCUCGGUAUAUUUAAUCCUAAAAAGCCUAUGCCUAAUAUGAUUUCACCUCGUUUAACUAGAAUAGCAAUUGCUUUGACAUCUCACGACUAUGAGAUAAAAUAUAAGCCAGGUCCUGAAAUAGGUAAUGCAGAUUGUUUAAGCCGAUGGCCACAGCCAGUACCGUGGGAACUUCAACAUCAGCUGGGAGAAGUACUUUUAAUGGCUGAAACACCAGAAGAUUUUCCAUACAAUUCAGAGCACAUAGCCAGGGAGACGAAUAGAGAUAAAAUCUUGUCAAAAGUUAGUUAUUAUAUACAACGUGGGUGGCCAGCUAAAGAAACUGAUGCAGAUAUACGCCCAUUCUGGUUACAUCGCACAGAGCUGUCACUGCAAGAAAAUUGUAUUCUACUAGGAUGUCGGGUUGUAGUACCUAGUACUCUCCGUCCUGCAACUCUACGAAUGUUACAUAAAACACAUACAGGUAUUGUCCAAACCAAAGCACUGGCCAGAAGCUAUGUGUGGUGGCCACACUUAAACGAAGACAUAGAAUCACUAGUGAGUGGUUGUACCAAGUGCCUUGAAAAUCGACAUAUGCCUCCUAAAACUACACAUGAAUGGAUCACACCUUCAAGGCCAUGGUCAAGAAUUCAUAUAGACUUUGCGGGGCCAUAUCACAAUAAAUAUUUUCUAAUUAUAGUCGAUGCAUAUUCUCGUUGGCCAGAAGUGUUUAUGGUGAACAAUACAACAACGACCACUGUGAUUCGGUUGCUUAGAACGACUUUUGCAACCCAUGGCCUUUGUGAAGUUUUAGUGUCUGAUAAUGGCACAUCAUUUGUAUCAGGCGAAAUUAAGGAAUUUCUGCAGGCAAAUAAUAUACGUCACGUUACUACUGCACCUUAUCAUCCAGCGACCAAUGGUUUAGCGGAACGAAUGGUCCAGACAGUUAAAGAUAAACUAAAAAAAAUGGAUCAUUUAUCCUGGGACAUUAGAAUUCCAAAUUUGUUAUUAGGUCUGCGUGUCACUCCGUGCUCAGCUACGAAUAAAAGUCCAGCUGAACUAUUAAUGAACAGACAUUUGAGGACAUUGCUGGAUACAAUUCAUCCAGACAGUUUGAAACAUAAAAAAACAGAGUGGCAGAUUGACCACAAUCAACAUAAAUCACACAGAGAAACUAAUGAGGGACAAAAGAUAAUGUACAGAAAUUACAACAAUCAAGGCCCCAAAUGGUUACCAGGCGUAGUAUUACAGAAGAAUGGACCGUCUAAUUAUAAAAUUGAGACAGCUAAUGGUAAAGCAAUCAAUCGUCAUAUUGAUCAGUUGAUUAGAUACAGAUCAAGAAAGGAGGAAGGAGAAGAAGGAAUUGCUGGUACAUCUGAAUCAUUGGAAGUUUCCAAUAACACAGAUAAUAAUGUUAAGAACCAUCAACAAGAACAACAGGAAAGUAACAGCCAAGAGUCUGAGAGGAUUAUUGAAAUACCAGAUUCUGAAAAAUGGGUUGAGAUAUUGGGAAUCCCACCAACUUCUGAAUUGGCUACGCCAGCUACAGGCAAAAUAAAAAAUAAGUUAAAUGUGCAUUCUAAAACUCCUUAUGAGAGACCACAAGAUCUUAAAGACAAUCUGUACUUAUUCUAAGUGUCAUUAUAUUUUUAUAUUAGUAUUAUAUAUGUCUAAAAUGUAAUCAUAAUAUCUUUCUAUAUUUAUAAUUGAUUUAACUAUCUUAGAGGGGAGGUAUGUCAUGUAUAUUGAUGUGGGUACUUUUAUACUUUGUUAAAUAAUAAAGUGUACUAAUGUAGGUAGAACAUGUUCCAACAUGACAUAAACUGAUUCAAGCUACACAGCACGUUUUAUUGCACAAUAUCAUAUAAUUAGAACAUAUUAAACCCCGUUUGU